UAUAACGGAGAGGAGAAGACCCUUUGUCUCUCUCUCUCUACUCCUUAACGAUCUUCUUCUUUUUCCGUUACUCCGUCGUCGUUAGGUUUCUUUCCCGUCGACGGAGGCAAAAAAUUUCAACGGCGGUGAAUGUAGUUUGAGCGACGAGAAAAAAAAAACCUAAAUUUUUUUAGGGAUUCGAAAAGUAUACAGAGAAAGAUUACGAGCAAGCAAUGAGCUUAGAGAGAAGAACACACGACGACGGUGACAUAAAGGAUCCACCUUCUUCCUCGUCGUACGAGUUCACCCACGCCGCCGCCAAAUCGGCAGUAGCUCAAAUCUGCGGGAGCGUCGGCUACAGCCAUUUCAAGGAUCCGCCGCUCGAAUCCCUAACCGGAUUCGCGAUCCAGUACGUUCUCGGGCUAGGUAAAUCCGCUACUUCAUUCGCUAACCUAAACGGUAGGAGUCAGUGUAACGUCUUCGACAUCGUCCUCGCUCUGGAAGAUUUAUCCGGCGGCGAUAAUGAAGAAAGAGUCGCCGCUUCGCUUGAGAGCUGCUUGCGUUCGGUUAGGCUUAGAGAGAUUAUCGAUUUCGUGAAUUCGAGUGGUGAUGAAGAAGAAGAAGAAGAAGAGAGUCCCUUUUUGCAGACGUUGCCUCGUUUUCCUGUGAGGAGGAAGAUGAUGAAGGUUCCUAGUUUCGUUGAGGUUGGUGAGACUCCACCUGGAAAGCAUAUUCCUUUAUGGCUACCGGCUUUUCCUGAUCCUCAUACUUAUAAGGAAACGCCUAUGUGGAUUGAGAGAGGGUUGGAUCCUAGAGGGGAUAAGAUUGAGCAGGCUAGGCAGAGGAGGAAGGCUGAGACUUUGUUGAGUCUUCAGAGGAAGCUUGUUUGUAGAAUCUCUUCGGGUGGUGACCGUGUGUGGGGAGAUAUGUUGGAUGGUACUACUGUGAAGGACGAUAUCAGAGAAGCUGAGAGUGAAGAGGAGGAGGAUAAAGUUGAUUCUUUGAAGAGAGAUGGCUUAUCAGUGGUGGAGGCCUUUGCUCCUGCCUUGGAGGCUGCAAGAGAGUGGAAGCAGCAGCAGCAGAAGAAGAAGAAACCUGGUGCUCUUUCUAAGCUAAGAACUGAGAAGAAGUUUCUUGGAGAGCCCUUGGAUCUGACGCUGCAGAUGAAGGGUGAAGAUAGACCUUUAUCGUUGCGUGAGGAAGAUAGAGAUGACAAGAGGAGGAGGGCAGAGUUCAUUUUGAGACAGUGCAUGGAGAAUCCGGUGGAUCUCAAUCAGUUGUAAAACAAAAGUGAGACUCAGUUUACAGUCUCUGUAGCGUACUUCUCCAAAUUGUUCUGUAAAAGCUUGUGAUUUUUGUAGCCUUGUUUCCCCUUUACAGGAUUAUGUUUUAUUUUUACGACUUUUGCUACUGAAAAUGGAAUGAGAGUUUCUAACCAAUCUCUUAAAGCC